AUGGCGGCGCUCUUGUUGAGACAUGUUGGCCGUCAUUGCCUCCGUGCCCACCUUAGUCCUCAGCUCUGUAUCAGAAAUGCUGUUCCUUUGGGAACCACAGCCAAAGAAGAGAUGGAGAGGUUUUGGAGUAAGAACAGUAGUUCAAACCGUCCUUUGUCGCCCCAUAUCAGCAUCUACAGCUGGUCUCUUCCCAUGGCGAUGUCCAUUUGCCACCGUGGCACUGGUAUUGCCUUGAGUGCAGGAGUCUCUCUUUUUGGCUUGUCGGCCCUCUUGGUCCCUGGGAGCUUUGAGUCUCAUUUGGAAUUUGUGAAGUCCCUGUGUUUGGGGCCAGCACUGAUCCACACAGCCAAAUUUGCACUUGUCUUCCCUCUCAUGUAUCACACCUGGAAUGGGAUCCGACACUUGAUGUGGGAUCUAGGAAAAGGCCUGACGAUUUCCCAGCUACACCAGUCUGGAGUGGUUGUCUUGGUUCUUACUGUGUUGUCCUCGGUAGGGCUGGCAGCCAUGUGA